CGUGAAUAUUGAGGCAGGAAGAUCAAAACAGAGGAGAGGACGGGCGGCUGGAGGCUACACUAAGAGUUAUUUCAGCCCCGGGAAUGGCGACAAUUCUCAGGCCAAUGCAGCGAGUAGCCAUCACCACACUGGCUAGGAUGAGGCACCUCCACCUCUCCAAGCCUUGUACCGACACUUUUACAGCAACUGAUGCUGUCAUGCCUAAGCCAUACACUACAAAAAUAACAGGUUAUAUGGGAGUUACUGUGGCAACAUCCAUGGGUAUAUUUACGGGUGCCGAAAUUAGCAAGAAUAUUGCAAGUUUCCUUGAAGAAAAUGAAUUAUUUGUUCCGUCUGAUGAUGAUGAUGAUGAUUAAUCAUUAAUAAAAUUAAAGGUAAG